CCCGUCGUCCAUGCACCCGUCGACGGCCUUAUUUUUUCGGUUCGCCGGUGUCCCUUUCGCCAUUCCUUUCUCUAUACUUUCGCUACCCUCUGUAGUGUGCCCAAAAGUCACGGAUCCUAGUGUUCUGUUACCCGUGCAGUCGAUUUGUGCUGUGAUCAUCACUGCGCGAUGAUUAAACAGUAUUGAUCAACGACUGUUCUAGCUACAUGUGCGGCGAGGAGGAACUGCACAUUGCCGCCGUCAGUGAAUCUGUGCGCCUGUUGCUUUUCUGAACUCCUCGAUACUGCCGGGUCACCGGUUUGUUUAAAUGCUUCAUAUAAACGUUAGACAACCAACCAGACACGUCUCCGAAUGGACCGUGGCUCGAGGCUACAGACUGUUGUGGCCGCAUUGCUGGUUAACAAAAUGCGAUUGUUAGUGCGAUGCCAAAUUGAAAGCAGUGCCAAAUGCACUUUACUCGGAUGGUCGUUCAAAAAACUCCAGCUCCCGUGUACCUUUCCACUUUUUAUCAACUUGUCUCCUUAGAUAUGUUCGUGAUAAACGGGCUUCACUUGCACCUGGCUUGUCUGCCACGUCUCGCAGCUGAUUGAGGGCUUUUGCGAUAGUUCGAAGCUUAUCUAUUGACGCGUUCACCGAACCGAGCUAAACCUACCGCCGGAGAGGGGUGCACUGACAACCAGCAGUACGCACACCAUGUGGCUAUUACGUUCUUGUGCUGCAGUACUGCUACUAGCGCAAUCAUCGACGUGCAUACUCAAUUUUACUAGUCCAGAGACGAGGCUGCAGCUUUACGAACCUGUAAAUCUCACGUUUCGCUUUACCCAGAAAAAAAGCAACGCAACCGUCGUACUUCAAUCUAGUGAUCCAUCUGUGGUCCAGCUAAGUGAAGACGGAAUCGCAUUAUCACUGGAAAGAGUCGCGCCGAGUGACAACCUUUCAACGCUUUUAACACCACUGAAGAUUGGUUAUGCCAACUUAUUGUGGCAAGUUGAAGACAGCAACACGAAUGAGACCUUUAAAGGCAUUCACAAAAUGCGUGUCGUGCGGGAAUUGACCGUAUUUUCUAUGGGAUUUGGAGCUGUAAUUGGAGUUUUGGUGGCCUUGAACAAUGUCAAUGUUGGAUGCCAGCUGGAUAUGCGUGUGGUACUCUCACAAAUCAAGAGGCCAGUUGCUCCAGCUAUUGGCAUGUUUUGCCAAUUCAUCUUUAUGCCACUGAUUUCCUAUGGGAGUUCAACACUGCUUCUCCAGAAUCCAGUGACAAGACUUGGGCUUUUUACAAUUGGCUCAUGUCCUGGUGGAAUCUACAGCAACUUCUACACCCUGCUCUUUGAGGGAGACUUGGACCUCAGUGUUACCAUGACCUUUAUGAGCAGUGUAGGAGCACUCGCCCUGAUGCCGCUGUGGAUGCACACCCUGGGCCGCCAGAUAGCUGGCACAGCCACACCAGCAGUGCCAUUCAGCAACCUGUUCGUGUCCUUGGUGGCGCUAACUCUGCCACUGGGGCUGGGCCUCCUCAUCCAAUACAAGCGGCCGAAAUGGGCUCAAGUGGCAGAGAAAAUUGUGAAGCCAUUCUCUGUGGCCAUAUUACUUGUUGCACUAGUCAUAGGAACAUACACCUACUGGUACAUAGUCACACUGAUCACUCUCAUGGAGGUAGUUGCUGCGUCUGUGGUGGUAGUCACAGGGUUUUUGUUUGGUGCAACAAUGGCUUGGCUGUUUCGACUAACAAGUAAACAGAUUAUAGCAGUUUCCUUGGAAACUGCCAUUCAAAAUGGCCCGUUAGCCAUUGUUAUCCUUACUUUUUCACUGCCAGAACCAAGCGGCGACCUUGCCGUGGUGCCAGUGGUAGUGCUGGUUACAUUAGCAAGUGCCAUACUGUUAACUGUUUUUGCAAUAUUGACAGUACGCCGUAGGUGUUCUUCCUAUGCAUAUGCCUGCCAGGAUAAUGCAAAGUCAGAAAUGCCUGUUAACUGAGGCUUAAUUAUGCAGGAAUGUAGUGCCAAGCUGUGCUGUACACGUACAGUUGUGUUCAAUGAGAGCUGCAACACAGUGUUCAUGGUCAAGGGGGACCCCAAGGCUUCAUGGUGGCGUUGACACACAAAAAGUUGCAGAACGCCAUUCCAAUUACACAAUAUUUGCUGUAUAAGUACCAGUACGUCGGCACCAAUGCACAGUGUUGAGGCCCCUUCAACCAUGGGCACCACAUUGCAACUCGUAUUGAACAUGACUGUACCAAUGCUCAAUUUCUGGUUGCUCAUUUAUGAAAUCAACUGCACCUCAUAUGCAGAGCAUCAUGGGGAAACUUUGGGGCAAAGCAUAAUUCAGCACCAAUUAUCAUGAGCACAAGCUCCAGAUGCCAAAGCACUUUCUACCAGAUCAUAAUGAGAUGUUUUUAAAUACUGUACGAUACAGUUUACUCCUAUACUCCCAACAUUUUUCUCCUGUAAUGGGAUAUGGAGAAUGAAUAAACGAAGCCAAAGCGA